AAACGACGACGCGAGCAGUCGGCCGCGCGACGGGAUCGGUGGCGGUUGUUCGCACGUGCGCGCGAGCGGAGUCUUUCUGUCUCUCUUCCUCUGCCCUUUUGCCCCUCUCCCGGCGAUCACCCCACAGCCGUCCGGUCCGGUCGGACGUCACUCGCGACAGGAAGGGACGGCAGUCGCCAGUCAGUGAUAUCCUGUGAUAUCCAGCUGAUAACGGAACACCCGGCUGCGCCCGUCAUGACGGAGGAGGCCCGCAAGGAGGUUCGCGUCUGGUGCGACGGAUGUUAUGACAUGGUGCAUUUUGGACACGCAAAUUCCUUGAGGCAGGCGAAGGCUUUAGGCGAUUAUCUGGUGGUAGGUGUCCACAACGAUGAAGAAAUCACGAGACACAAGGGUCCUCCUGUCUUCACCGAGCAAGAAAGGUACAAAAUGGUACGCGGCAUUAAAUGGGUAGACGAAGUAGUCGAAGCUGCGCCUUAUGUCACUACCUUAGAAACAUUAGACAAGCAUAACUGUGAUUUUUGUGUUCACGGCGAUGAUAUUACAAUGACCGCUGAUGGCGUGGACACGUAUCAUUUAGUUAAGGCAGCCGGUCGUUACAGAGAAGUCCAGCGUACUGCCGGCGUCUCGACGACCGAUCUUGUAGGACGUAUGUUACUGAUGACACGACAACACUUUCGACAGGGUGACAACGAAUACAGUGUCGACAGAGAACCGAGCAAGAGCAUGGGUCAGGAUCGAACCGCUCGGAGUCCAUGGACCGGCUGUUCGCAAUUUUUGCCGACCACACAGAAAAUCAUACAGUUCAGCGACGGCAAGAGUCCGCAGCCGGGCGAUAAGAUCGUGUACGUUGCAGGCGCGUUCGAUCUCUUCCACGUGGGGCACUUGGAUUUCUUGGAGGUCGCCAAAAAGGAGGGGGACUACCUCAUAGUCGGUCUACACACCGAUCCCGCUGUUAAUCGAUAUAAAUGCGGCAAUCAUCCUAUCAUGAAUCUUCACGAACGGGUUCUCAGUGUAUUAGCGUGUAAGUAUGUCAAUGAAGUUGUAAUCGGCGCGCCGUAUGCGGUGACAAGAAAUCUGAUGGAACAUUUUAAUGUAUCUAUCGUGUGUCAUGGACAAACGCCUAUAAUGCCUUGCGAUGAUGGAUCGGAUCCGUACACGGAGCCCAAGAGGCAAAAUAAGUUUAAAUUGUUAGAUAGCGGUAAUGACAUGACGACGGAAAAAAUCGUUGAAAGGAUCAUUCUUCACAGGUUGGAAUUCGAGGAUAGAAAUUUAAGGAAGGAGAAAAAAGAGCUUGCCGCUUACGAAGCCAUCAUCAAGUCUGAGAAAAAUGACAGGAUUGAAUAAUUGUUCGUUUUAAUUCCUUUACGCGAACAUUCGCAGUGUGUAUGCGUGAUUAUCAGAUUUUAUAAAGUCAAUGUUGUAAAUAUGAUGUCACACCGACAUUCAAUUUAUCGUUUCGAAAUGCCUUACAUAGUUGAAAUGAAUAUUUAUAAUCAAUCAGUAUGCUAAUAGAAAUAUUAAUUAGCGACGUGAAACACGCGCUAGUUUUAAUUUAUUGCAAUAUUGCUAUCAGAAAUUGAUGCACAACGAUGACGAUCAUGAAAUCAGGUGAACAUUUUAUAUGCAAGAUGUGCCAGGGCUAUCGUCAUUCGUCCUAUGGAUUUCUUAUCACUUUUAAUUUUAUUUUUUAAAUGUUUAUUUAGGGUUUUAAAUGGUGAUUAAUAUUUUUCUAAUCAUUUAGUGAACUUUUUAGAAAGAUUAUCUAGUGAACUAAAUUUAUUUAGUUCAUAAUAAUUAUAUAAUUACAAAAUAAUUUAAAUGUUCGAACUUUGUCGGUUACUAAAUUGCCAGAAACGAAAGUUAAGGAUGUCUCAAGCUACAUCCAAUUUCUUUAAUUAAAAUGGCAAUUAUAAAUUUGAUUCUCGAAAUACGUUUAUUGAAUCGUAUUGUGUUUCAAAACUAUUUUCAGCGGAUUUUUUCAGCAAAAACUAAAGUAAUUUAACUUCGUGUUUAUUUCUAAUCUUAUCACAAGCCUAGAACACAGUCCUGGCACAUCCUACAUAUAGCUCAACAUAUCUCUAAAGAGUCUUAAAGGUAUAUCAAAAUGUUACAAAGCCUUUGAAUGUAAGUAUGCUUCGUAAUUAUUGUUCUCUCACGAUGUUCACGUUGUGAUAUCAUUGCUUGAUUCAAAUAUCGGAAAUAAUCACAAUUACCGUAUAAGCAAUCAUGUAAGACGCGAUGUAGAAACGAAGAUCGAAUAUUUUUCAAGUCGAGGUGUUGAAUUUCAACUAUUUUUCGCUACUAUUCUCUUUCAUCGUGCGAUGAUCUUCAUACCACUUUGGCUGCGUUCGAGGAGCGCGCUAUUAGCGCUAUUUGCUUAUUCUAUCUUUGUUUUACACUUGAUAAGCGAUAAAAAUGCAAUAGCACUAAUAGCCGUCUAAACGCAGUCUUUAUCAUUUUGUCGUUUUUAUCUUUUUCGCAUACGCUAGAGCAUUUGUUAUUUGUUCGAAUGGAGUUUCAAUAUUUUUAAGCAAGUUACGAAUAUUACGGAUUAUAGCUUGAAUUUUACUGAAACAAUGACAUGUUCGAUCUUCAAAGGAAUUCUCAUUGUGCAAUAUGAGGUGUAUGUUUUCUUAUAUUUAUGAAAUAUUUUAUAUAUUUAAUUAGCGAAAAUAUAUCGGAACGCGUAUAUGCAAACGCGUUCCGAGUAUUCCGUAGUCUUUUAUCCAGGAAUUACGAAAUAGCCGAGAUUGGCAGGUAAAUGAGCUAGGCUCGUGAUUCGGUCUAAUUAAUUGGAAGUUCCUAAGCAUUUACAAAUGCCUAUCGCAUGUUUCUUAGCGAUACCGAGAUCAUUUACUAGACGGCGAUACUUACGAGACCGAACUUCGCGGUUCGUAAGACAUCCGGCCGGGUAGCUAAUUUAACUAGCAUUGUUCAUCGAAGCAAAUUAUGACGCGUAAUUUAAGUGUUAGAUUUUCUAAUGCGAGAUAUUAGAGUAUCGUAUGCCCAAAAAUAACGGAGCCAAAGAAGUUAGAUUUACGGCGCACGUCAUACAGACUGAACGAAAACCGAGUUACCGUUUAUCUCCGAACUUGAACUGUUUGCGUCUGUGGAGGAAUGAACAGAGAAAAUACGUGAUAUUCGUCGUACACGAAGAUUGUUUAAGGAUGUUCCAGAUAAACUAUUGGAGCUCUCUUCGUUAAGAUAUUAAAUCGCGAGGACUGACAAGUGUCCGUCAAGCUUUCGUAAGCAUCGACGGGCAAUCUACGAUCGAACGAAGAAUCUGGGACAUCCUAUAUAACGCGAACAGGUUUCUCGACCUGAUAACAUAGUGGCGGUGGCAUUGGCGCCGAUAAACUUGUAAGCGACAGUUGAAUUAGAUUACACUGGAAGACAAAAAAAAUUGUACAGUUCGUGAUUUUCUAUACAGAAAGAGAGUUCGACACCGAACAAAAAUUGUAGCACGCAGAAGAUUGUUUAACCUUUUAUUUUAUAAUAAAUAGUCAUUGUACACGGUCACAUCUACAAUAAUCGUAA